AAUGAUUUCUGUAUUCUAAAAUGUCAUAAAAAAUAUGAAAUUCCAGUAUUUUUAACAAAUCAAAAAUUUAACUGAAUGAUUCAGUCAUUCGUUCAGUUACUGGUUUUCCAACCGCUCGGCGAAUAACGCGUGUGCAAGUAGACGAUUUACAAAAGCAUUUCGGCCAAAAAUAUAGGAACUAUAAUACAGCGAGGAAGACAAUUAAAUAUAAACUUAAUUUUUACUACAAAAAAAAAACAGAAAUAUAUAUUAAAUAAGAAGACAAGACACAGACGCUCUCAUUAAUUAAAAAUAAGUCAACCAGAUACACUACGUGCGAACAGUAUAUAAUGUCCUUUGAAUCCGCACUCCAUCGACAAUUCAAUUUACCUUGGGAAGAAGCAACCGAUAAAGUGCAACAACAAGAAGAAUCAACAGCAGACGAAGAGCCAACAACAUCCCAGCCAACCGAAAGCAGUCGUGCGGCACAGCAGCCGACACCUAGGCGUACAGAACUCCCCACCAAAUCGCUACGCAAUCCUCCCCUACCAUUACCAUUACAGCAAUUCCAAAGUAGUUGCAGCAGUCAUACGAUUUUUCCGCCACCUCCAGUUACUCAAGUGCGUCGACCAUCUCUGCAACUCAUUACCCAUCAUCCGUCCAGCAGCAAACAAUCGAGUUAUACGAAUAAGACCGCACCGAAUCCGCAAACCUACAAUCUCGUUCAGCAGAUUAUUCAAACCGUUGGUGAAUUGGAGAAUACCAUACUUGAGGAUCGGCAAAACGAUUUCAAUUUGCGUGUAGCAUACGAACGUCAAACGGAGAAGCUGAAGAAUAUGUGUCAGUCAUUGGAUAAUGAGAAAGAGCGUAAUGUGCGACUGAUGGAGCUAAUACGUGGUGUGGAUGCCGCCUCUGCGACUGAGGAUGACGAGCCGGAAAAUGCGGUUUCUCGUUGUUGUGCCACGGAGCGUUGGUCUUGCUCAUCGGAGGCAUACGAGUCGAUCAGUCCGUUGCUAAUGCAACAGAGAUAUGACGAACUCUCCAUUUCAUACAAAAAAUGCCGGCGACAACUUAUAAAAAAGGAAAAGCUGCUCACAUUAAGUCGUUGUGAAACAGAAACAGCAAAAGCACGUUGCGACAAUAUUUUAGAUGAGUAUCGCAUAUCACAGAAACGUUUCGAAGAGAUCUGCUUCAAGUAUCUGCAAUUACAGGCCCGAAAGAAUUUAGAGAUCCAACGUCUACGCGAUGCUCUCAACAAUGCCGGCGAAUGUAUUCUAAAUGCACAACAAUUAAUCGAUUGUUUGGAUGAAGAGACGAUUACAUUAUAUGCACAUCAAAAUGUGAACAACUUGUUUGAGCACAGUGACAAUAAUGAUAACCAGACUGAAACUAACGAAACGGACUGUAUAAGAGCAUUUAAGCAAAAUUUAGAGUUGUUUGUGAAGUCCUUGCGCCUCUGCCAGUGGGUACAGCAAAAUAAUAGCAUUUUACGUGAAAAUAACGAAAGUCAGCAAUGAAUUGCACGAUUAACAGUUAUAUCUACGAACUGAGUGUGUGUGAAUAAUGGAUUUGUUUAAAAAAAAAUUUGCGGAGAAAAAAUAUAUUUUAUACAAAUUUAUACUUACUAACUGUAAUAAAAGCAGUUUUGCAUCAAUGUUGUUCGCAUGAAGACAAAAAAAAAAU